ACGCCCUCUGCAGUGGACUCUGAGACCCGCAAUAAAGAGGAAGCACACAGCGCACACACACACACAUACACACACACACACACACACUCGCACGGUGUGGAGGAGUACACGCCUGAGAAGCAGGAAGAGGCAGCAGCUGCAGACGCUGAUUUUUCUACACUUUUCUGAACUGCGUGAUGGCGAACAAAGGCCCGUCUUACGGUUUGAGCCGCGAGGUGCAGAGCAAGAUCGAUAAGAAGUAUGACCCAGAGUUGGAGGAGAGGCUAGUGGAGUGGAUCGUCGCUCAGUGCGGACCCUCGGUGGGGAGACCACAGCCCGGCAAGCAGGGCUUCCAAACAUGGCUCAAGGACGGAUGUAUUCUGUGUGAGCUGAUUAACAGUCUGCACAGGGACGCAAAGCCAGUGAAGAAGAUCCAAAACUCCACCAUGGCCUUCAAACAGAUGGAGCAGAUCUCCCAGUUCCUCGCCGCUGCCGAGAAGUACGGCGUCACCAAAUCUGACAUGUUCCAGACUGUCGACCUCUGGGAGGGUAAAGACCUGGCCGCUGUGCAGAUGACCCUGAUGGCACUGGGCAGCCUGGCCGUUACCAAGACUGACGGAUGUUACCGUGGUGACCCCAACUGGUUCCACAGGAAAGCUCAGGAGAACAAGCGGGACUUUUCUGAUGAUCAGCUGAAAGAAGGUCAGAGUAUCAUUGGUCUGCAAAUGGGCACCAACAAAGGAGCAUCGCAGGCCGGAAUGACCGGCUACGGACGACCCCGACAGAUCAUCAACUAAGGGUCGUGACCUUUUACCUUAUCCUCCUGACUAAUCAGUGAGGACUAAACAGGCACCAAGGCUCGUCCCAUCAAUGGAAACAAACUGGACAACCACCGGGACCAAAACACACCCACCCCCACAUACACGUACACAUACACCCACAUUCAUUAGAAAGCCACAGUUGACCGUUUGCAAAAUUCUGAAAAGAUUUCGCCUCCCUUAGUUAUUGUUGUUACAUCCGUCAAACUUUCAGCUCAGCCUGCCUGGUAGAAUCUGUAACACUUGUGCUAACAGACUAAAAUCGUUCAGUAGUGUGAAGGAAAGUGCAGACGAACAGAAGAACAGAGGAACAGAGGAACACGUCUGAAACACUUAUUAAACUUUGAACACUUCGAACAGACAAACUGUGAAUGUGGGCCAAUCUAAAGCAAACAGUGUUUACAUUAAUCAGAAGCCUGUUUAGCUACUCAAUGUUAAAGCAGCAAGUUUUCAUGCCGAAUAAGGAAGAGCUUUUAGUGACUGCCUCUUCAGAUGAGGUAAUGCUAAAGCUAACACUGGACCUAACCUGAGCAAUGUUAAGGAAUCUUUUAGCAAACUUUAAUGAAACAAUACAAAGCUCAGUACAGUUUACAUUCAGCUGGUCUUCCACAUAGUUUGAUCCAAAAUGUUUUCAGCUUCAAUUAAAUGAAAACAGCUCCACCCUCCAGAUUAUUAGACUAACGUGUCAGGCAUUACACAUUCCUCAGUAACACCUUUCCACCACUUCUAAGGCUACUAAUUCUGACUAAUUUACUGUCACUGCCGUUCUCACUGCAGAUUUGUUGUGAGGGGUUCUGUCAAAGUUUUGAUGGAGGAAGGAACUUUCAGAGAGACAGUUGUGACUGGCUGAAAGGCAUGUCAAUAAUAAUUUUGCAAACGGUCACUGGGGAUGAGCUUUUUUAACCAAUUUUGCUUUUUGCUUAUCUACAUUUUUAAAUAAAUCCAAAUAUUUGAAUAUUUCAAAGCAAACAUUUUACACGGUUAUGAAUAAAACUGAAAAUGGAAUGGAAGGUUUGAAGUUUAAGGUUGUUUACUGUGUGUGUGCAGCUAGCAUAUGAGCUAAUCUGUACCUGAUGGUUGAUUUAAUGAUUUAACUUGUGUUUUAGACAUGAUUAAGUAAGAAAUAUUUUUAUGUAAAGAUCUGUUAGAUGUGGCCAUUUAGUGUAACACAAGCUGGUUGUGUCAACCAUUAAAAACUUACUUAAGAAUUACAUUAUAA